AGGAGAAGUCUGAGUGGAGAAGCUAUGACCCUAACCCUAAUCCCGCUAAGAAGGCUGUGCAAACAAGGGGGAGGAAACCAAAGGCAGCUGAUGCCAAGGGGAAGAAAGUGGAGGUGGAUGAGGAAGAGGGUGCUCCUGAUAGUGAAGAAGCAUCUGUGUACGGUCGAUGCUCCUUCAACCGUUUAAUGAGGAUUUGCAAGAACCUGAACCUGGAGCAGAAAGAUGUGAUCCAAAAUGCUGGAUUUGGAUCAUUCAUCAGAGAGGAUGCACCAUACGUUGACACCCGACUAGUGAGUUGGUUAAUCAAACAUGUUGACCCAACCACUAGCAUACUGGAUUUGUAUGGGAGGAAAAUUCACUUAUCUGCCGCGAUGUUCGGAGAUGUUAUGGGGGUGGACGACGGAGGGGAUCCUGUAGUCACCGAGGGUGAUAGUGACACUCGAUAUCUGGAGGAGAUAUUGAACGUUGUCGAGUACACCGUGUCCUUGACAAUGUUGGAGAAAUCUUUGUUGGAGUGCGUUGAGGCAGACAGCCUAUUUCUCAUUAAAUUUUCUUUGGUGGUCAUAGGGACAGUCCUUGCGCCGAAAACGGGGGUCGAUAUCACUUCGGGGUACUUGCACUCCCUUAGGGUUACCAGGGACAUUCGCCACAAGAACUGGGCGACUGCGGGGUUCAGGUAUCUGAUGAACUCAAUUUUCAGAUUCCGAAAUAAGGCGACGAAGAAUGUAUCUGGCUGCACCUUAUUCCUCCAGUUGGUGUACUUGACUCACGUGGAGUGGAACUUUGGAUAUGUCGACCGAACAGUGCUCCCCGUUGAUUUUUGGGGUAGUAAACAAUGUAAGUCCGCUUACAAAUUUGUGAAAGACAAUGAGGGUCCCAACAGCGACAAGGUACAUCGAAUUUUGGUUACAAUGUGGUAAAGUGAUUUCAGUUGAUAUUAAUUAUUUUGGGUUUGAAAAAUUAAAUUUGUUAUGUUUAACAGAUAACGCUCACUUCGAAUCCCGUAAUACUGCCCAACUACUACUCCGACUCGGAAGGAAGAAAGAGCAGUGACCACUUUGUCAGCUCUAUCAACGAGUUGAAGGAGUACAUCUCGAAUGAGUUAAAGUCUCAGUUGAGAUCAUUUUCUUUGAAAUUUAUGGACAAAGGAGAAGGUGUAGGUGGU